AUGAAUUAUUUAAGCCUUAAUAUAAGGGGUUUAGGGGAGGAAGGCAAGGCUGGAUGGGUAAAGGACAUUAUCAGGGAGCACAAAAUAAAUUUUAUGGGCUUGCAAGAAACUCAGUUUGGGUCGCUAAUUGGGGUUAAUUGGCAGUCUUUCUGGGGCAAUAAUAAUUUUCAUUUGGAACAUGUCGAUGCUCAUGGUAGAUCCGGGGGGUUGGUGAGCCUGUGGGACCCAUCGAUCUUCACUAAAUCGGGGGUUCUAAAAGGUCGUCAUUAUCUUCUAGUGUCCGGGUUUAUUAAAGGCCUUUCAUCUGAGUUUCAUUUGAUGAAUGUUUACGCUCCGCAUAAAACUAGAGAAAAAAGGGUGCUAUGGGAGGAUAUUAAAAGUAUUAUGGAUAGUAAACAAGGCUUUUGGAUGCUCUUCGGUGAUUUCAAUUCGGUUAGAUACGAGGAGGACAGGAAGAACUCAGUGUUUGACCCCUCGGACGCUCAAGUCUUUAAUGAUUUUAUCUAUUCUAAGGGUCUGAUGGAAUUCACAAUGAAAGGCAGGAAGUUCACAUAUUGCAAAGGGAAGGGUGUUAAGGCGAAACUUAGAAAAAUUGAUCGGUUUUUGGUUUCUCAUAACUUUGUUGAUGCAUGGUCUGAUGCUUGUCUUGUUGCCCUCCCUAGGUUCUUAUCGGAUCAUUCGCCCUUGGUUUUAGCCAUUGAUCCGCUUGAUUUUGGGCCAAAGCCUUUCAGGGUCUUCAAUUCUUGGGGAGAAAAAGCGGGUUUUGACGAGGCGAUUAAAAACGCUAUCGAUUCGUUCUGUUUUUCAGGGCCGGCUGACCUUUAUCUUGCCAACAAGCUGAUCCACGUGAAGAAGGCUCUGAAGGUUUGGGUUGCAGAUGUAAAAUUAAAGAAAAAGAAAAUAGGGAGAAUCUCAUGGUGGAACUCAAUAGUAUUGAUGAAGCAAUGGAGCAAAGAGAGUUAUCAGAGGAAGAAGUAUGGACGUUUGAAGAGUGUAAAGCUGCCCUUAUGGAGAUGGAUUCCUCGAAACUUAAGGACCUAUGGCAGCUUUCUAGAAUUAGAUGGGCAUCCUUUGGUGAUGACAACUCCUCUUUCUUUCAUGGGCUUAUUAAGAGCAAGGAAAUAA